GAGACAAUACAGUGCUUUGUCCAAAUAAUUAAUCAUUAGAUGUGACUAUUAAAAAAAAUAAUAGUGUUUGUCCUUUGAGAUGUUCUCUUGUUAUAUAGGGCACACCAGGCUCAAUAUCUCCACACACCAUUGCAUUUGCAUUUGCUCUUCUAUAGCUCUGUUUUGUUUCCAUGGCAGAAAAAGUAGCAGCAAAUGAUGCCAGGCACACUGUACUGGCUAAGUUUAAGGCAGAUCUGAGUGCCCAAGAGCUUGAACAACUCAUCAUAGAUCUGGAAGAUCUUUGCUCUAACUUAGAUUUUGUAAAGUCUUUUGAAUGGGGAACUGAUUUGGGAGAAGUGAAACGACAGAAAGGCUUCACUCACAUAUUUGUAAUAACAUUUUAUGAGGCAGGAGGACUUGCCGAAUAUGUGUCGCAUCCCGCUCACAAAGCCUAUGCUAUCAAAUUCAUGGCCUCCAUUGAAGACAUCCUUAUUCUUGAUUACCAACCAUCAUAUACUAAGUCAAACAUCACCCUUUCUAUCUCAUAACAUAUUUCCUUGUGAUAAUAAGUUAUGUGCAGUUUAAUAUUUUAAAUCAAUAAAAACUUUGUUUUUA